GAAAGGCGGGAAAGGCGAACUACACCUCCCGACUGGCAGCGCGCGGCUGCGCCUGCGCCCUGAUGCCUGUCGCCAUCUUGCCCCUUCUGAGGCACCGCAAACAAACCCAAUUCCUGGUGUUCCCUAGUCUUGGCGGAGGAGCCUUUUAGAUGAGCCCCGAAAGGCCGGGCAGGGAAGACAAGCUCUUUGGGGCUACCAAAAAGAAGCAGCAAUGCCUGUUGUGUGGCCAACCCUUUUGGAUCUCAGCAGGGAUGAAUGCAAAAGGAUUCUUAGAAAAUUGGAAUUGGAGGCAUAUGCUGGAGUUAUCAGUGCACUUCGGGCACAGGGGGAUCUCACCAAGGAAAAGAAAGAUCUUCUUGGAGAACUCUCAAAAGUUCUUAGCAUCUCAACAGAGCGCCACCGUGCUGAAGUUCGGAGAGCAGUAAACGAUGAACGGUUAACAACAAUUGCACAUAAAAUGAAUUUAUCCUUAUAUUUGGGUGAAAGACCAAGUUACAGUAUGUCUGGACCUAAUAGCUCUUCAGAAUGGUCCAUUGAGGGUCGUCGCUUGGUUCCACUGAUGCCCCGGUUGGUUCCCCAAACUGCCUUCACUGUAACAGCUAACGCUGUUGCCAAUGCAGCUAUCCAGCACAAUGCAUCUCUUCCAGUGCCUGCAGAAACAGGAAGCAAGGAAGUCGUGGUUUGCUAUUCCUACACAAGUACCACGUCAACCCCAACCUCUACCCCUGUUCCAAGUGGCAGCAUAGCAACGGUUAAGUCUCCAAGACCUGCCAGUCCUGCCUCCAAUGUAGUUGUCUUGCCAAGUGGAAGUACUGUUUAUGUCAAAAGUGUUAGCUGUUCAGAUGAAGAUGAAAAACCUAGAAAACGAAGGCGAACAAAUUCUUCUAGCUCCUCCCCCGUUGUCCUAAAGGAAGUUCCAAAGGCUGUUGUUCCAGUCUCAAAGACGAUCACUGUGCCUGUGAGUGGCAGUCCCAAGAUGAGCAACAUCAUGCAGAGCAUUGCCAACUCCUUACCACCCCACAUGUCUCCUGUGAAAAUAACCUUCACCAAACCAUCAACACAGACGACAAACACAACAACACAGAAGGUUAUUAUAGUGACCACAUCACCAAGUUCAACCUUCGUGCCCAACAUUCUCUCCAAAUCCCAUAACUAUGCAGCAGUCACUAAGCUUGUACCAACAUCAGUCAUUGCUUCCACAACCCAGAAGCCACCAGUGGUUAUAACUGCUUCACAGUCCUCCCUGGUCAGUAGUAGCAGCAGUGGCAGCAGCAGUUCUACACCGUCACCUAUUCCUAAUACAGUUGCAGUAACAGCUGUGGUAUCUUCCACACCAUCCGUGGUCAUGUCAACAGUAGCACAAGGCGUAUCUACAUCAGCGAUCAAAAUGGCAUCAACCAGACUUCCUUCCCCCAAAAGUUUAGUGGGUGCCCCAACUCAGAUUCUUGCACAGUUUCCCAAACAGCAUCAGCAGUCUCCUAAGCAGCAGUUGCAUCCAGUGCAGCAGCAGACCCAGCAGCAGGUGGCUCAGCCGGCGCCAGUCUCUCAUCAGCAACAGCCUCAGCAGUCUCCUUUGCCGCCUGGUAUCAAGCCUACCAUUCAAAUCAAACAGGAGUCAGGUGUUAAAAUCAUCACACAACAAGUUCAACCAAGUAAAAUCUUACCUAAACCAGUGACAGCAACUCUGCCCACCAGUAGCAAUUCCCCUAUUAUGGUGGUUAGCAGUAAUGGUGCAAUUAUGACAACUAAACUGGUAACCACUCCUACUGGCACACAGGCAACCUAUACCAGGCCAACAGUGAGCCCGUCCAUAGGUCGGAUGGCUGCAACCCCUGGAGCUGCAACCUAUGUGAAAACUACCAGUGGUAGCAUCAUUACAGUAGUACCCAAGUCAUUAGCCACCUUGGGGGGCAAGAUAAUUAGCAGUAAUAUAGUCUCUGGAACGACUACCAAAAUCACUACAAUCCCAAUGACUUCCAAGCCCAAUGUGAUUGUUGUGCAAAAGACUACAGGAAAAGGAACGACCAUUCAAGGCCUCCCGGGCAAAAACGUUGUCACAACAUUGCUAAAUGCUGGAGGAGAAAAGACUAUUCAGACGGUGCCAACAGGAGCAAAGCCAGCUAUUAUCACUGCUACAAGACCCAUCACCAAGAUGAUUGUAACUCAGCCAAAAGGAAUAGGUUCCACAGUUCAACCAGCAGCUAAAAUCAUCCCGACAAAAAUUGUUUAUGGGCAGCAAGGGAAAACACAGGUUCUUAUUAAACCCAAACCAGUGACAUUUCAAGCCACAGUUGUUAGUGAACAAACAAGGCAGCUGGUCACAGAAACGUUACAGCAAGCAUCUAGGGUGGCAGAAGCUGGUAAUUCAUCUAUUCAAGAGGGAAAAGAAGACCCACAGAGUUAUACAGAUAGUAGUUCCUCUUCUACAGAGUCCUCCCAGAGUUCCCAGGAUUCCCAGCCUGUAGUUCAUGUAAUUGCUUCCCGGCGUCAGGAUUGGUCAGAACAUGAGAUUGCAAUGGAGACUAGCCCCACCAUAAUUUAUCAGGAUGUAUCCAGUGAAUCACAAUCAGCUACUUCAACAAUCAAAGCUCUGUUAGAACUCCAACAGACAACAGUAAAGGAAAAAAUGGAAUCUAAACCAAGACAACCCACUAUUGACUUGAGUCAGAUGGCAGUGCCUAUUCAGAUGACCCAGGAAAAGAGACAUUCUCCUGAGAGUCCAUCCAUUGCUGUGGUAGAGUCAGAACUAGUUGCUGAAUACAUCACUACUGAACGCACUGAUGAGGGGACAGAGGUUGCUUUUCCCCUUCUAGUCAGCCAUCGCUCCCAGCCCCAACAGCCCUCCCAGCCCCAGCGGACCCUGCUCCAGCAUGUGGCUCAGUCACAGACUGCAACACAGACUUCAGUGGUGGUGAAGUCCAUCCCGGCAUCUUCCCCUGGAGCAAUCACCCACAUUAUGCAGCAGGCAUUAAGCAGUCACACCGCUUUUACCAAACACAGCGAGGAGCUUGGAACUGAGGAGGGCGAGGUUGAAGAGAUGGACACUUUAGACCCUCAGACAGGUCUGUUUUACCGAUCUGCUCUGACUCAGUCACAGUCAGCUAAGCAGCAGAAACUUAGCCAGCCCCAGCUGGAACAGACUCAGCUGCAAGUGAAAACUCUGCAGUGCUUCCAGACUAAACAGAAGCAGACCAUCCACCUGCAGGCAGACCAGCUCCAGCACAAACUCCCGCAAAUGCCCCAGCUUUCCAUCAGGCAUCAAAAACUCACCCCUCUCCAGCAAGAACAAGCACAGCCCAAGCCAGAUGUACAGCACACACAGCAUCCUAUGGUGGCCAAAGACAGGCAGCUUCCUACCUUAAUGGCACAGUCCCCGCAAACUGUAGUACAGGUGCUCGCAGUGAAAACCACGCAGCAGCUCCCUAAACUGCAGCAGGCUCCGAACCAACCAAAAAUCUACGUGCAACCCCAAACCCCCCAGAGCCAAAUGCCGCUCCCAGCCGCAUCAGAGAAACAGCCGGCAAGCCAGGUGGAGCAGCCAAUUAUAACCCAAGGAUCCUCUGUUACAAAGAUAACUUUUGAGGGGCGCCAGCCUCCCACAGUUACAAAGAUAACUGGUGGCAGUUCUGUGCCUAAGCUGACAUCACCAGUUACAAGCAUAUCUCCCAUUCAGGCCUCUGAGAAGACAGCAGUGUCAGACAUUUUGAAAAUGUCUUUGAUGGAAGCUCAGAUUGAUACAAAUGUAGAGCAUAUGGUAGUGGAUCCCCCAAAGAAGGCUCUUGCCACUAGUGUGCUCACUGGGGAAGCAGGAUCAUUACCUUCCACCCACGUGGUGGUGGCAGGCUUGGCGAAUUCCACUCCCCAGCAACAGAAAUGUAGAGAGUCCUGUUCAAGUCCAUCUGCUGCUGGCCCUCCCUUAACGACAAGGAAAAUCGAUGCACCAGGAGUGCCUACGACAGGCCAGUUCAUGCGUAUUCAGAAUGUAGGCCAAAAGAAAGCUGAAGAGAGCCCAGCAGAAAUUAUCAUCCAGGCCAUUCCCCAGUACGCUAUUCCUUGUCACUCCAGUUCCAACGUGGUCGUAGAGCCCAGUGGGCUUCUUGAGCUAAACAACUUCACUAGCCAGCAGCUGGAUGAUGAUGAGACAGCAAUGGAGCAAGACAUAGACAGUAGCACAGAGGAUGGAACCGAGCCUAGCCCCUCUCAGAGUUCUGCCGAACGGUCCUAAGUGUUUUGGAAACAGGAGUGCACUUUAAAACCUACUUGGUUACCAAGUGUCCAGGGAAGCCCUUGAUUUUUGAUGUCUAAAGAGAGCACUUUGCCCAUGCUUAGGCUGUGGACCCCAGAAUCGCAGUGUUUCAACAAGAACUGCUGCAGGAGCAGCAUUUUAAAACAAGAUAAAACUCACAGGGGAAUGUACUUUUUUUUUUUUUAAAAGAAAAAAAAAGAAAGAAAGAAAAAAGAAAAAGAUACACAUCUGCAGUGACAGAAGACCUGAUAUUCUUUCUCUGUUGGACCACGGCUGAUGGAAAAGUAUGUCAUGCAGUGGAAAGAGACUUUUCCUGUGAAUGUUCCUCAGCUGAUUUCUACUGAGCAAAACACCAUCAGAAAAGGAGAAUGUGAAUAGUUUGUAUUUUGAAAUGGUGUGUCAGGAACAGUUUUUUUAAAAACCUUGUAUGUUUUUGAAAAUCCCUGGAAGUGUUGAAUUGGUUAACAUUUUACAUUUGCUCAGUUUAUAGUUUAUAAAAUAACUAGAAAAAUACUGGCAUUAGAGAAUCCUUGUUAGAUGGUGGAAAUCAGAUCCCUAACCAGUGGGAAGUGCUUUUUGGGUGGCUUGUACAUUCUCACCAAUUGUAUGCUAAUUUAUUGUGUUGUUGUUCCUUUGUGCUCUAGGCAGCACACUUGCCUUCUAUUUAUUUAAAUGUAAACAUUUCAAAGCAGGCCAUAUUCUUUCUGACAGAUUUCCUGUAAACCAGGAUUGCCUGCCCUUUCCACCUCCCACCCCCUCCCUGCUCCUUUAAGAAAACUUAAGAGAAAAUGUUUCAUUGUGAAGGAGAGGAAAAGAAACAUUUUCGGGCCCAAAGGAAAUGUUCAGCUAUGUUCAGGAAAAAUUAUUCAUAUAAUGCUAUCUUAACAUUGAAAUUGCACAUUCAUGUUGGACUGAGACUUUGAAGAUAACUUUUACAUACUUUUGUUUAACCCCCUUUGAAAUGUAUAGAAAUUCAUUUACAGUUCUAAAUGUAAUGUUUUUAAGCAUUCUGCCUUUUUAGGACACAGUUUGUUUAAGCAAUAUGUUUGGGUCUUGUGAUCACUGUCUGUCACAAGUAGAUGAGGGGUAAGAGGGUGGGAGGGUAACGGUCAGUUUUGACAAGUUGUGGCAAAGGAAGCAAUUCUUUUCAUUUUUAAAAAAAUGUAAAUAGAAAAGUUUUUAACGGUUUUAUAUAGAUUUCACUAUAAAUAAGCAUUUUAAGACUGACAAAUGUUGAACUGUACAUACAUAUAUCAGCAUAACUGCCCAAUUUUUUGGUGCUGAAGUACUGUAAGUAGAUUUCAUCAACAGUCUCCUAAUUUUUGCAUCUAUAUCUAGAAAAAAAACUGUGAUAUUAUAAUUAAUAAAUUCCCACUAGAGUGACACUGAAGAUUUAAACACAAGCAUUUAUAAGAUGCACUGACCUCUGGUAGUCGCCAUCAUUUCUCCUGAGCGAGAACGACUUACCCAUAGAUGGGGCUGUUGGAUUUUAUUUUAUUGUACAAAUUCAUGUUUAAAAGACUUUGUGAUUGUUUCUAGUUAAGUAACUUUUUAACCUCUCCAGUCAUAGGCUUCUUUGAAAAUCUGAUCACACUAUGAACUCUCCCCAAAAAGACACACAUGCCAAUAUACAUGUUAGAUUUUACAAUCUUAGGGGUUUGUGGGCCCCUAAGCCUAACCAUGUAUUCAAGGUUAAGCCCUCUGUUAUGGUCAGUCCAUUACUUACAGAUGUAAGUUUUUACAAAAUAAAAUAUCUUUUAAAUAUUCAUGGGUCAGGUAACAAGAGCAAACUUGAAUAAAGUUAUUAUGUCCUACUUCCACAUACUCUGAUAGCAUAGCAUACCUGUGUCCCUUUGAGAAUUUAGCCUUAAUAUGUUUUCAGCAACUGGAAUGGCAGAUGAAACUCCACAAGCUUUACUUUUAAAAAUUAGUGUGUAUAUAUUAACAAAUUAUCAAGUGAGGGAUUUAACAUUUUUCUUUUCUUUCAAAGGUAUUACUUUCAAGGAGAGCAUGAAUUCUUUUGUUUAUUCAACAAAUAUCAUUUAAACAUCUUCUGCGUGUCAGGUACUGUUCUAAGCACCAGGGAUUCCACAGUAAAUAAACAGAAAAUCCUACCCUUACAGAGUUUACAAACAGAGCUUCCUGCUGAUGGAAUGGAUGCCAGGGCUGAAGGAAGGAGGAAACAUGAGUGAGUGACUCUUAGGUUUCUUGAUUAAGUGGAUGGAUGGUGAUGCUGUAUAUGGAUCUCCAGGUAUCCUUUUACUGAAAGUCUUAUUAGCAUUAGAUCUAUUUGUAUUCGUAGAAGUCCAUAAAUUAAAUGUAAUUUUAAUUCAGUCCUUAUGAAAGAUAUUCAGAGAUUAUGCUGCAAAUAUUACAGAAUUUAAACUAGAGUCCUAACAACUGUUAGAAGCAGUGAUAAGGAAAAUCCAUUUGGUUUAAAGUAAACUUUGAUAAAGGCUUUGUAUUGCAGAAUGCAGUUUAUGCUGAACUUAGAGAACUUAAAAAAAUAUUUAUUGAAAUUCACAUGCCGUACAAUUCACCCAUUUAAAGUGUACAGUUCAGUGGUUUUCACUAUAUUUACAGAGUUGGGCAGCCAUCACUACAGCCAAUUUUAGAACAUUUGCAUAACCCUAAAAAGAAACCGUGUACCCCUUAGCUGUUACCUUGAAACUCAUCCCACCACCCCAUCCCCAGGCAACCACUAAAUUGCUUCUGUCUCUAUGGAUUUGCCUACUCUGGACAUUUCAUAUAAAUGGAAUCAUAUAAUAUGUGGUCUUCCGUGACUGGCUUCUUUCAUUUGGCAUAGUAUUUUCAAGGUUGUAGCAUGUUUCAGUCCUUCAGUCCUUUUUAUGGUUCAGUAAUAUUCCAUUGCAUGGAUAUACCGCCUUUUAUUUAUACAUUCAUUGGUUGAUGGACAUUGGGGUUGUUUCUACGUUUGGCUAUUAUGAAUAAUGCUGCUGUGAACAUUUGUGUACAGUUUUUAUAUAUGUUUUCAGUUCUCUUUGGUAUAUAUCUAGGAGUGUAAUUGCUGGGUCCUACAGUUAAGUUUAAUGAUUUGAGAAACUACCAAACUCUUUUCUACAGUGACUGCACAUUUUACAGCAGUAUAGGACAGUUCCACUUUUUCUAUAUCUUCACCAGUGCUUGUUAUUAUUUGUUUUUUGUUUUUAUUAUUUUUGAAAAUUGUAUCCACCUUAGUGUGUGAAGUGGUACCUCAUUGUGGUUCUGAUUUACAUUUCCCUGAUGGCUGACGAUAAGAAUCUUUUCAUCUGCUUAUUGGCCAUUCAUAGAUCUUUGGAGAAAUGUCCUUUACCCAUUUUUAAAUUGAAUGAUUUUCCGUUUUAUUAUUUAAAUUGAGAACUUUCAAAGUACAGGCAAUAAUACCACUCUUAAAAGAAAAGUAACCUGUUCUCUAGUAAUUAAUUCAUCACCCUUAAAACCUUAAUCAUGUUUUACUUCUUCCUCUCUAAUGUAACAAAUUGCUUAACAUUCUUAAAACUGUAUAGAUCUUUAUAAUUGAAAACACUUUUAAAUACAUUUCUUUGUGAGGUUCUCUCAAUGACCUGCUAGGAUAGAAGACAUAGUACAAAGGAAAUAAUGGCCAAGUGGUCUGGAUUUGAGCCCCAGGCUCCUCUGUUAAUGGAUCAUAUGAACUCGAGCAAGUCCCAUUCCCCAUAAUACAAAGUGUUUCUGACCCCCAUGGGAUUAUUGUGAAGACUGGAUGAAAUAGUGCAUGUAAAAAUGCCAGGCACAAAGUUAGGUGCUGUAUUUUUUAAGUCUAGUAUUUAUACCACUCCCACUUUAUAAGUAGAAAACGAGGGCUCAGACACCCAAUGAAAUACCAAAACGCAUAGAUUAUAUGCUCAUAGGCAUCAUGCUGAUCUCCAAGUUGCUACUUUCUAUAUAGGAAUGUGUGUGUGCCACCAAACACGGGAUUGGCCUUUGGAAAGACAGAGGAACUUGAUGUUGCCCAAUAACAUAAUGGUCUUUGUUGGUCUUAGGUGCCUUCACACAGAGGUGCUCACACACAAGAUUGUUUUUUGAGUUCAAUUAUGUGUCACGAAUCCCAGAUAAAAGGAAGUAGAAUGAAAAAGCACCAUAUAAGCAAGGCCUUUCCAAGAAAAGAGAGUGAGAAAACAGUCUGCAGCCUCUGCUUACAGGUUUAUAAGUCUUUUAAGUAAGUGAGGCUUGAUGACCUAUAUAUUGAAAAAAGGAUUGAAACACCAUGGGAUCAGAUUUGUACUUGUGAGAAGUCUUGCUCUGCUUUCUUACCUCUUCCUUGCUAACACAGACUGUAACUGAAAACAUGGCACUUACUUAAGGAAAAAAAAAAAAAAUCAAGGCUAGGUUUGAAUCCUGACAAGCCAUGUAGGCUUGGACAAGCUCUUAGAGACUUUGGAUAGCGCAAGAUGGAAUGGUUUAUAUUACUGUGUUAUCUAAUUGACACUUCAAAUGUCCUGACUUUUUCUUUUCCUUCCAACAGAUAGGUAUUGGGCAUUUUCUAUGUGCAGUAGUUGGGGAUAAAGAAGUCCCUACCCUCAUGGAACUUCAGCCUAGAAGGAGAUACAUGAAUCAAAGAUCGCAACUAAAUAUAUUCGUUGCUAAGUGCUAUGAUGGAAAAAUAAGUAGUGCCAUGAUAGUGUAUAAGAGGUUGGGGAGUUUUGCUCAGAAAGGAAUCCUUAAUCUGAAGGAAAAUGAUUUAACUAGGUAAAAAGGAUGGGCGACAGCUGUCCAGGCAGAAGGAUAGCAGCUGUGAAAGCCCUGUGGUAGGAGGGGUUUGGGAGAGGGGAACUUUGAGUAGGCCAGUGUGACAGCAACAGAGCGAGUGAAGGCAGCAAGCCUGGGAGCAGAAAGUAGAGACAGACCUAUAUGGAGAUAUUGUAGGUUAUGAUGAAGGUUUGAGGUUUUAUUCUUAGAACAACAAGAAGUCACGAAAAGUUUUAAGCCAUUGAACCUGGCAAAAUGAAUUAAUACAUACACAAAAUAAUUUGGAGUUAUAUUGGUUCAUUAGAACAGAAAAAUAUAUUUGACCUUUCUUUUUUUGAUGCCAGACUCAUCUCCUUAUGUCUUUUUCUCAAAGGUCUUCACUGGUUCCCCAAUACUGUAGUAUGAGUCUGGCAUUCAAGGGUCUUAGCCAAAGCUUCAGUCUACAUCUCUAGAUUCAUAACCCAUUUCACUACCCCAACCUACUGCCUGUCUCCCCCAUCACACAUACAGUUCAUGCUCUGUAUUUGAAAGACUCACUCAUUCCUCAAAGCCUAGCUUGAAAACCACAUCCUUCACCAACACUGCCUAGAUGUGUUCAAGGGGAACUCAUCCCACCCUGCUGCUGGGUUCCUCUAGCAUUUGGGGAGAAGUACAUGUUUACUUAGCACUUACAAUGGGUUAUCUGCUGUGAAUUAUUUUCAAUUUCUCACAGUGUGCCUCUGGGAGAGUCCUUGAAAUACAGUAUUCUGAGGAGUCAUUCUAAAUUCUUUCAGCCUGAAGUAAGAGGUGCUGAGCUUUCUGGAUUUUUUUUUCUCUUCCCUUGAAUAUGAAGGCUUAGUAUUAAAGUUUGUUAGAAAGAGUUUAGUGAGAUCAUUGAUAAUCUUGAUUAAGAUUCACCUUCAUGUUCAAGUCAGUAGCACCCUGUUUGGUUCUCCACAGGAUCAACUGCUAUUUCCUUGCAUGGUAGAGUUCACCAGGGUCUAUCAUCUGUGCUAUCAUUUUGACCUCUACCAUAUAUGGAUUAAUUAAUUAAAUCAUUGAAUAAAUAUUGAGCAGUUAUUAUGACCCAGGCACUGUUCUAACCACUAGGGAUAUAGCAGUGAACAAAAUAAUGGAAAAAUAAAACAACCUGUGCUAUGUAGCUUACAUUCUAAAUGGGCUAUAAAUAUAAAUUAAAAAUAAAUGGUAUCUUAUGAUAAUUAGAACAAAAAAGUGGGGAAGGAGAAUAUGAAAUUAUAGGAUCUGUGGGUGUUAAAUGUUAUAUGGAAUAGACAGGGAAGUUCUCACUGAGAAGUUGAAUUGAUAGUGAGGGAAUCAGCCAGGCUGAUGUCUGCAGAAAGAGUGUUCAGUGUGGAGGGGACAGCAAGUACAAAGGCCCUGAGAUCUGUGCCUGGCAUAUUCAAAGAAUAGGAAAAAGAAAAGAAAGAAAA